AUGAUAUGGAGGGGAUUGGAACACCUGAAUCACAUGAUAUGGAGGGGAUUUGGAACACCUGAAUCACAUGAUUGGGAGGGGAUUGGAACACCUGAAUCACAUGAUUUGGAGGGGAUUGGAACACCUGAAUCACAUGAUUGGGAGGGGAUUGGAACACCUGAAUCACAUGAUUGGGAGGGGAUUGGAACACCUGAAUCACUUGAUAUGGAGGGGAUUGGAACACCUAAAUCACAUGAUUUGGAGGGGAUUGGAACACCUGAAUCACAUGAUUUGGAGGGGAUUGGAACACCUGAAUCGCAUGAUUGGGAGGGGAUUGGAACACCUGAAUCGCAUGAUUUGGAGGGGAUUGGAACACCUGAAUCACAUGAUUGGGAGGGGAUUGGAACACCUGAAUCACAUGAUACGGAGGGGAUUGGAACACCAGAAUCACUUGAUAAGGAGGGGAUUGGAACACCUGAAUCACAUGAUAUG